AUUAGAUCAAAAACGAGUACACUGAGUGGUUUUUAAUGGUUUGACUAUCUUCGUACAAUUGUAAAUUAUGCAACCACGAACGCCAACUUACUGAUCGUCGUACUGUGCUGUCUUCAAGCCCGCGUUCGAAAUGGAAAAUAAAUGCAAUUAGAACAAAAUGGCGUAUGGUGACUACGAGUAGACAUGCGCAAAAUGAAAACGGGGCUAUUUUUCCUUUCUGAAAUGAAUUCUGUUCCGUUUCUGUAACACAAUGGAACCAAUGGGCAAAGUAUGUGGGACGUCUUAAAGUAGAUCUAACCAAUAACUAUAAAGUAUAGCCUAGGGGCUGAAGGGUACAUCCAAUCGCAUUUCUAUGCUGAAUGAUUCUAAUUGUAUGGAAGCCAAAAAAGACAUACCCAAUGAAAAAAAUAGAUUUGUAGCGCCGCUUUCAUAUCCACCAACCAUACCUGGAAAUGAAGUAUGUCCUAUAGAAUUCGAAGCCUAUAUUAACCAAUCAUAAUGUGCUAAGCGCAUCCACUGCUGCCGUUCCAACCAAUAGGGUUUCGAGAAACACAACCUUGGCUCAACAGCUUGUUAUUUCGUUUAUUGCUUUGCAACCCUGGCAAGUGGUGAGCAGUCACAUCGGAGCAUCUAUCAACAUCCAUCGAGCUGGACUCCCUCAAAUAGCCAUUACAAUGAAGGCAGCGGAUGAGCCUGCCUACCUGACUGUGGGAACUGAUGUUAGCGCAAAGUACCGCGGUGCCUUCUGUGAGGCUAAAAUUAAGACCGUCAAACGGAUGGUCAAAGUUAAGGUGCUGCUCAAAGGAGACAGCACUUCACAGGUUGUCCAGGAUGACCAGGUCAAAGGGCCUCUGAGGGUGGGCUCCACAGUUGAGGUGAAGAGCCCAGAGGGACUCCUGAGCGAGGCCGUCAUCAACAAACUCACAGACGCCAGCUGGUACACCGUGGUGUUCGAUGACGGGGACGAGAAAACACUGAGAAGGACGUCGCUGUGCCUGAAAGGCGAGAGACAUUUUGCUGAAAGCGAGACUUUGGACCAACUGCCCCUCACCAAUCCGGAGCACUUUGGCACUCCCGUCAUUGGGAAGAAGACCAACCGCGGCCGCAGGACCUCCCAGGCUGUUGCGGAUGAGGAGAAGGAGUCUUCGUCGAGCGAGGAUGAGGAGGAUGACAGGCGGCGGCUCAGCGAUGAGCUGCUGGGGAAGGUGGCCAGUGUGCAGAGCGGCAACUCCUCCUACCUGGCGCUGGUUAUAUCUCCCAGCUGCAAUGACGACCUGACUGUCAAAAAGGACCAAUGUUUAGUGAGAUCUUUUGCUGAUUCCAAAUUUCACACCGUGGCAAGAAAAGACAUCCAUCAGCUGAACAUAGACAGCAUAUCGAAGUCGGAGUACUCUUCCAAGAAAGGGCUUGAGGGCGCCAUGCACUUCCUGAAGACCAAGGAGGUGCCGGAGAGCUGGAAGAUGGACAUGAGCGAGAUCCUGGAGUCGUCCAGCAGCGACGAGGAAGAGGAGGACCGAGGCAAAGAGAGCGAGGAAGAAGAGAAGGAGGCCGAGGCUGACCAGCCUGACGAUGAACCAGACCCGGAGGAGAGGGACCACUUCCUACAGCAGCUUUACAAAUUUAUGGAAGACAGAGGAACUCCCAUAAACAAGCCUCCCGUGCUGGGCUACAAGGAUCUCAACCUCUUCAAGCUCUUCAGGCUGGUGCAUCAGCAUGGGGGCUGUGACAAUAUUGAAAGUGGCUCCGUGUGGAAACAGAUCUACAUGGACCUGGGGAUUCCAGUCCUCAAUUCGGCUGCCUCCUACAAUGUCAAGACCGCCUACAGAAAGUACCUGUAUGGCUUUGAGGAGUACUGUCGGUCUGCUGGCAUCACCUUCCGCACUGUCCACCAUAAUGACCCACGUCCUGCCGUGGCGCCCAGUGAGCAGCAGAAUCCCGUGAAGCAGGAGCCCGUCGACGCUCGUCAGGAGUCCGAGACGGCCGCUGCCGCCACUGAAGACAAACCAGCUGCCGACGAGGAUGACUCUGAGGCAGAGAGCGAAAAAGCCCACAAAGGAGUCUCCUCACCGAGGGGUCGGCGGCGGUGCACGUUGACUCCGGUGAAGGUGGAGACCAAGGAGCCCACGCGCCAGGAGCGCCAGCUGCACCAGCAGCAGCAGAGAGAAGAGCAGCUGCAGCGGCAGCAGCGGAAAGAGGAGCGCGAACGCGAGAGGGAGCGCGAGAGGGAGAGGGAGGCCCGUGCCGCAGGGGAGGCCAGCGAGGAAGAGGAGGAGGAGGAGGAAGGGGAGCAGCAGGAGGAGGAGCAGCAGCCGCAGAGGGACAGGAGGGAGCAGGAGGGAGACGGCCGGCCCGAGCCCCCCAGCAAGAGACGCAGCCGCCGCUUCGAGGAGUCGGACAAGGAGUCGGAGGACGAGGAGCAAGAGGAUGAUGAGGAUGAGGAAGAAGACGACGGAGAGAGGUCCAGGACCCAGGAACGAGGUGAGAAUGAAGAUGGUGACGAAGACUCUGAGCACUCGGUUACGGGGACAAAGGUGCGAGUGAAGUACGGGCGGGGCAAAACCCAGAAGAUCUACGAGGCCAACAUCAAAAACACCGAGACGGAUGACGGAGAGGUGCUUUACCUGGUGCACUACUACGGCUGGAACGUCCGCUAUGACGAGUGGGUGAAGGCAGACAGGAUAAUCUGGCCUGUUGACAAAGGAGGAACAAAAAGGAAACAGAAAAAGAAAGUCAAGAAUAAAGAGGAUGGAGAAAAGGAGGAGGACAAGCAGGCCAAGAUGGGGCCGAAGAGGGGCCGGCCCCCGCUCAAAUCCACUCCUCCCAGUGCCUCGCGCAGCGCCUCCAAGACCCCCAGCAAUGAGAGCCGCUCAGGCAGCAAGAGCUCCCACCAGUCCGAACCCUCAGCUCUGCCCAAUGGAGACGGAACUCCCCGGAGACGCACUAGGAGGACUUCAGGGAUGUAUGACUCAGACCGAGGAUCUAACGAUUCCGGGAAUUCUUCUGAGGACAGUGAGAGUGAAGACCUGUCUGACAAGAAGCCUGACUGGACAGAGGGGACGGACCAGGCCGUAGUGGCCAAGCAGGAGGAGGAGGAGGAAGAAGAAGAAGAGGAAGAAGAGGCGGCAACGGCCACAACCGCAGCAGAGGGAGGAAGUGCCGCUGAAGCGGCGCCCGCAGCAGCUACGGCGGUGACCACGACGACAACCACAGCAACGGAUGUAGAGGCUCCCAGCAGCCCUGCACAGAAGCCCAGGUCCUCUGAGACGCAGGAAAGCAGUGACAAACCAGAGGAAGAGCCUGUGGUGGCCAACCUCACCACAACGACUGUAGCAGCAGCAGCAGCAACAACAACAACAACAGUAACAACAACAGCAGCAUCACCAACAACACCACCACCACCAUCGACUCCGUCGACUCCAAUACAAUCAUCAGUGCCCAUGACUCCUGAGCCAGAGGAGAAGUUGACCCCCAGGUCAAAAGUACGUAGGGGGCGCCUCAAAGAGCCUGGUGCCGAGACCCCCACCCAGCCUGCCGUUGCGGCGGCCCCCACGUCCACCCCUGCCACCCCUGCGGCACUUCCCGAGGGGGACACUCCUGGCAGCCUCCCACGGCCCGCCAAGAAGCCCCAGGAGGCUGUUCCUGUGUCACCGCAGCUGGCCCAGAGUGAGAGAGAGAGGCCCCGCGAGCCGGCUGACUCGGACACGGACUCGGCCACCGAGGAGGUGGACAACGAAGAGCACAACGCAAGCGCCGUUGGCGCCGUCAGCGCCAGCCCGAUCAGCAGCAGUAGCAGCGUGGUCAAGCGCAAGGCCACCGAGCAGCGCUCGCCCGAGAAGCGGGCGCGCCUGGAGCCCCCCGCCAAAACCCUGUCGCCCGAGAAGAGAGCCCCCGAGACGGAGAGAAGGAGCGAGGGAGCGUCCAAAGGAGGAGCAGAGUACUUCGCCGCACCCACAGCGGCUGUGGCGGCGGCGACGGCAAUGGCGGCAUUGUCAGCGGUCAAAGAAUCGGAUGUGAAGAUGGAGAUGCCGUCCCUGACCCGAGAGGUUCAGGCCAAAACGGAUGCGGACACGCCUAGCUCCGUGCCCCCCCAGGUGGAGCCGUCGUCGGGCAGGGACGAGGAGAUGAUGCCCCAGAUUGGCCCCGAGGCGCUGCUCUGCUACGAGGUGGACCUGGACGACCUGGACGAGAAGGAGAAGCCCGCCGGCGAACUACUGCUGCCUGCGAGCCGAGGCGGAGAGGUGAAGAACCAGCUCCCGCCCUCCUCGUCCGCCUCCUCGUCUUCCUCUUGCACGUCGUCGUCGUCCUCCCACCUGCCGCUCGGCGCCACGGCGGCGUCGGUCCCCCAGCGGCCGUCGGCCAUCUCGUCCUCGGCCUCCCCGCCGACCUCGGCCGCCAGCCCGGAGUCGCACAGCACAAAGAGCGAGAGCGACGUGACCAUCGAGGUGGACGGCGAGUCGCAGGAGGGCCUGGGCGAGGCAGAGUCCAUGCACGGCUUCGACGCCAGCGCCAGCUCCAGCUACUCCAGCCUCUCGCUGCAGGAGCGCGAUACGAAGGAUCGAGGCCAGAAGAGGUUGACUGACGGCAACAGCAGCUCUGCUUCCAAGAAGGUGAAGCGCAACCAGAAACGCUCUAGCACUACCGCCAAGACUGAAAAGAAUGGAACAGGUCACAGCAGUGACAGUGAGGACCUGCCGGUCACAGACCCCUCCAAUAAGCUGACCCCCAGCAAGCCCUCCAGCAUAGCCAAGGCCCAGAAGCAGUCGCGCUCCCCAGGGACCGUGUCCCCCAACAGUAAGGAGACGGACAAGGACAAGCACAAGGACAAGCAGGCCUUCCCUUCCCCACGCACAUACAAGUGGACAUUCCAGCACACUGAGCUGGACAACAUGUCGAGCACAGAGCGGAUCUCCUUCCUCCAGGACAAGCUGCAGGAGAUCAGGAAGUACUACAUGUCCCUAAAGUCUGAGGUGGCCUCCAUCGACCGCCGGCGCAAGAGGUUAAAAAAGAAAGAAAGAGAAGUGUCCCACACCACAGCUUCCACUUCUUCCUCAUCCGACACGGGCAUGAGUCCCUCGUCUGCGUCGCCCACUCAGAACACAGUUGCCGUGGAGUGCAGGUGAUGACACGCCCGUGGUGGCCCCUCCUACCCAGCCUGACCCCUCUCCCAGACCUCUGCCUUGUCAGCAUUGCGCUGCCUCCCCCUGCAGUCACACCAAACGCCGAGCCAGAGCCAGCGACCAAUAGCACUCGACUGCCCCCCCCCCCCCCCCCCCCCCCUUCCAUCACCACCUGGCCACUCCCACUUCCUGCACUUUGUAAAAAGAAAGAAAGAAAAAACUGAUCCUGCCUCUCUCUCUCUCUCUCUUUCUAUCUCUUUGUCUCUCUCUCUCUCUCACACACUUUGAGCUCUCAACCAGUUGCAGCAUCAGGAGAAAGGAUUUCAUGCGAGACAGAAUGUAACACACAAACACGACUACACCAACAACUCUGUCCUGUGUACAUGCAGUACACACACAGCCACGCCACACACACACACACACACACACACACACACACACACACACACACACACACUCGACCCCUCUUACUCUGCAGCAUCCAUACAGUGCAGAGAUACACCUCAAUACACCUCACACCACUGUCCAUUGUACACCGAAUACAAGGCACUUUCUCCUCCAUCCUUUCUGCUCCCCUCCCUGCUACGCCUUUACACCCCAGAGAUUCAGAGAUCCACCUGCGGCGGCCCGUAUGUUGGGGCUGGUUUGGAUGCAGUAACAAACAAACAAACAAACAAACAAGCAAAAGAAAGAAAUCCUCCAUGUUGUUCCUUGAGCAGGAUAAGGUUAGUUCAUGGCAUCACACUAGUUAAGACGCUCCCUGUUGUGGUCACUUAACCAGCUGGACAUGGUUAUCAAGGAAAGACGAUUGAAACAAAUGAAAAAAAAAAAGGUCAAUUUUUCUUCGCUUGCUCCAUCAGAACUGCCAAAGUACAUGUGUUACAGCAGAGUGCCCUAUUUUGGAAAAAAUAACGAGGACAAAGUCAGUUGCAAAGGGGAAUGUAGUGUACUGAAAACUGUAGCUGCUGUCUUCCACUCUUUGUAAAACAAGUGUGCGAGCACAGAUUAUAAGUAUGCAAAAGUUAUUUUUGUCAUCCCUUUUAAUAGAAAAACAAUUCUACAGAAAAACAAAAAAAGUAGACGAGAACGUACAUGUUUACAGUGGAAUGCAGGACAAAAGAUGUUUUCAGUGGACUCAUUUCCUUUUGCGAGUGUCUUUUGUCAUUUUAUAUGUAAUUGCAGAGUUUUUAUUUUAGUACAGGAAAAAAAAAGAAUUUCAAAAAAGUAUAUACGGCAGCCGUGAAGUUAUUUAAAUUAAAUAUUUCUAGUGCUGGCAUUUCAUUUCUUUUGUGUAAAAUAAAAGGUAUUAUUUGCAACUUGUUAAAUAUAUUUAUUCAGUCCAUAGAAGCGCAGUGUUUUUUGUUCCCCUCCUUUAAAACAAUACUGAGACAUUGGCACCUCCCCUCUCAUCAGUUGGGUCCUUGAGAUGGUUUGAUGUUAGGACUAAUGUUAUAGACUCAACUGAAGGCAAGCUUUGACUGUGAUGUCACAACUGGGUAACUACUGUGCAGUUAAAUAUUGCUAUGACGACAACCCCCCCCUCCCCAUUUUUCCAUGCACACAGACACAUACCCAUCUUUAAUGCCAUUGAGCCCAAAACUCUCACUUUUCUCGAUGAGCUGACUCGUAAGAAUGCCACCAUUUGCCGGUGGCUCUCGUUUUUUUUUUAUUUUCAUUUGGACUCCCUUCUCCCCCAUUUUGUUCUUAUUUCCUGGUACUUGUAUUUGUAAUUAUUUAAGUUUUUUUUUUUCCUUCUCCAGUAUGAAUUCUGACCAACUCAAUAAAACUGUUGCUUAUUGAACGUGUACGUAUUAGCCCAGGGGUUCUUACUAUGAUUGUUUCUUUUGUACAUAGAUCUUCCAGAACCAUGUAUUUGAAAAAUACAUUUUACACAAACUGUAAAAAAUGAUUUAUAUUAUUUUUUAAAAACAAUACAUCUUUGUAUAUGAAAUACCUUUCCUUUUUUCUAUGUCAAGUUGGUAGAAGCAUUAGCAUCACAUCUUUAAACUGUGUAUAAAUAAUCAAUCAUUGGUCUUCAGUGAGAGCUUUUGAGCCAAGACUGCCUAGACUGGUGGUGGAAAUGUUGAGUACACCUAAACAUAUUCAUGUUUAGGACAUCUCUUCAUUCAAUUGAAUGGAAGAACUCUUCCACUGACAAUUUCUCUUUGGAUUUCCUGUAUGAAGGAUAAACAAGGUAUUAGGUUCUCUUGAGCAAAGCCAUUGUAUCUUUAUGUAAAAUAAGCAGAGCUCUCAUUUCUAAUAAAGUUUGAAAUAUAA